GCAUGGAGCCGCAAGGUGCCGCGCGGGCUCGGUGGCGGCGCGGCUGAAGCGCUCAGAGCCGGAGGCAGCGCGCUGGAGGGAGGAGCGCAGCCGGGCGGUGACGAGCCCGGGGGCCGCGGCCCAGGCUCCAAUAGGGCUCAGCUUGGCCCUGGAUGGAGAUCUGGAUGAAGAACCUAAAGAGAAUGGCUUGGGGAAUAAGAGAAAGGGAGAAGGGUUAGAAGAAUUGGAGGGAGACCAGAUGAAGAAGCUGUGGUGGACCAGGGUGGGACCAGUACAGUUCUUAACAUUCACUAUGAGAAAGAAGAGUUGGAAGACCGUCUGCUUCCUUCUAGGCCAUAGAACUCUGUACGUGGGGGUUCGGAUGCCCCUGGGCCGGCAGAGCCACCGCCAUCACCGGACUCAUGGCCAGAAGCACCGGAGACGAGGGCGGGGCAAAGGCGCCAGCCAGGGGGAGGAGGGCGCGGAGGCCCUGGCGCAUGAUACACCAUCUCAGCGUGUUCAGUUCAUUCUUGGCACUGAGGAAGACGAAGAGCAUGUGCCUCAUGAGCUAUUUACAGAGCUGGAUGAGAUCUGUGUGAAAGAGGGAGAAGAUGCCGAGUGGAAGGAGACAGCCAGGUGGCUGAAGUUUGAAGAAGAUGUUGAGGAUGGAGGAGAACGCUGGAGCAAGCCUUAUGUGGCAACUCUUUCAUUGCACAGUCUCUUUGAGCUGAGGAGCUGCCUUAUUAAUGGAACAGUCCUUCUGGAUAUGCGUGCAAAUAGCAUAGAAGAAAUUUCAGAUCUGAUCCUAGACCAGCAAGAACUGUUCAGUGACCUGAAUGACAGCAUGAGGGUUAAAGUACGGGAAGCCCUUCUCAAAAAACAUCAUCAUCAGAAUGAAAAGAAGAGAAAUAACCUCAUUCCCAUUGUUCGCUCCUUUGCUGAGGCUGGCAAGAAGCAAUCUGAUCCACAUUCCAUGGAUAAAAAUGGUCAAACUGUGUCUCCUCAAUCCGUUCCAACUACAAAUCUUGAAGUAAAAAAUGGAGUGAACUGUGAACACAGUCCCGUGGAUUUAAGCAAGGUGGACCUUCAUUUCAUGAAAAAAAUCCCUACUGGAGCAGAGGCUUCAAACGUCCUGGUGGGAGAGGUGGAUACCCUGGACCGCCCCAUUGUCGCCUUUGUGAGGCUGUCUCCAGCUGUCCUUCUCUCAGGCCUCACGGAAGUGCCUAUUCCAACACGAUUUUUAUUUAUCCUAUUGGGUCCAGUAGGGAAAGGUCAGCAGUACCAUGAGAUUGGCAGGUCCAUGGCCACCAUCAUGACAGAUGAGAUUUUUCAUGAUGUGGCAUAUAAAGCUAAAGAACGAGAUGAUCUUCUGGCGGGGAUUGAUGAGUUCCUAGACCAGGUCACAGUGCUCCCUCCAGGGGAGUGGGACCCCUCCAUUAGAAUUGAACCACCCAAAAACGUCCCUUCCCAGGAGAAAAGGAAAAUGCCUGGAGUUCCAAAUGGAAAUGUUUGCCACAUAGAACAAGAACCACAUGGGGGCCACAGUGGGCCAGAACUUCAGCGCACUGGGCGGCUCUUUGGGGGCUUGGUGUUGGACAUCAAACGGAAGGCUCCCUGGUACUGGAGCGACUACCGGGAUGCACUCAGCUUACAGUGUUUGGCCUCCUUUCUGUUCCUGUACUGUGCCUGCAUGUCACCUGUCAUCACCUUUGGGGGACUGCUCGGAGAAGCCACUGAGGGACGCAUAAGUGCAAUUGAAUCCUUGUUUGGAGCCUCCAUGACUGGGAUUGCAUAUUCCUUGUUUGCGGGACAGGCUCUCACCAUCCUGGGAAGUACUGGGCCGGUGCUUGUGUUUGAAAAGAUUUUGUUCAAAUUCUGCAAGGACUACGCUCUGUCAUAUCUCUCUCUGCGAGCUUGUAUUGGACUGUGGACUGCCUUCCUGUGUAUUGUCCUUGUGGCAACUGAUGCCAGUUCCCUUGUCUGCUACAUUACUCGCUUCACUGAAGAAGCAUUUGCGUCCCUGAUUUGCAUUAUUUUCAUCUAUGAAGCAAUAGAAAAGCUGAUUCACCUGGCAGAGACCUACCCCAUCCACAUGCACAGCCAGCUGGACCACCUUAGCCUAUAUUACUGCAGGUGUACUCUCCCAGAGAAUCCCAGCAAUCACACCCUGCAGUACUGGAAGGACCACAACAUCAUGACCUCAGAAGUCCACUGGGCCAACCUGACCAUUAGUGAAUGUCAAGAGCUGCAUGGAGAGUUCAUGGGAUCUGCUUGUGGCCAUCAUGGACCCUAUACUCCUGAUGUGCUCUUUUGGUCCUGCAUUCUCUUCUUCACCACCUUCAUCCUCUCGAGCACCUUAAAGACGUUUAAGACAAGUCGCUAUUUCCCAACCAGAGUGCGUUCCAUGGUGAGUGACUUUGCUGUUUUCCUCACUAUCUUCACAAUGGUAAUUCUUGAUUUUUUGAUUGGAGUCCCAUCACCAAAGCUUCAAGUUCCCAGUGUGUUCAAGCCAACAAGGGAUGACCGAGGGUGGAUUAUUAGUCCCAUUGGCCCCAAUCCCUGGUGGACUGUGAUAGCUGCAAUUAUCCCAGCUCUUCUCUGCACUAUUUUAAUAUUCAUGGACCAGCAGAUUACAGCUGUCAUCAUUAACAGAAAGGAACACAAGCUAAAGAAAGGCUGUGGCUACCACCUGGACCUGCUGAUGGUGGCCAUCAUGUUGGGUGUCUGCUCCGUCAUGGGCCUGCCGUGGUUUGUGGCUGCCACUGUGCUGUCCAUCACACAUGUGAACAGCCUCAAACUGGAAUCGGAGUGCUCUGCUCCUGGAGAACAGCCCAAGUUCUUGGGUAUCCGAGAACAGAGAGUGACAGGCCUCAUGAUCUUUGUACUGAUGGGCUGCUCAGUCUUCAUGACGGGUAUAUUAAAGUUUAUCCCAAUGCCAGUGCUCUAUGGAGUUUUCCUCUACAUGGGAGUUUCUUCACUACAGGGAAUUCAGUUCUUUGAUCGUCUGAAGCUCUUCGGGAUGCCUGCGAAGCACCAGCCAGAUUUCAUCUACCUUCGGCAUGUGCCACUGCGCAAAGUGCACCUCUUUACCCUCAUCCAGCUGACCUGCCUUGUCCUGCUGUGGGUCAUCAAGGCAUCUCCAGCUGCCAUUGUCUUUCCGAUGAUGGUUUUGGCCUUGGUCUUUGUCAGGAAAGUCAUGGAUCUCUGUUUCUCUAAGCGAGAGCUGAGCUGGUUAGAUGAUCUCAUGCCUGAAAGCAAAAAGAAGAAGUUGGAUGAUGCCAAAAAGAAGGCCAAGGAGGCAGAGGAGGCUGAGAAAAUGUUAGACAGUGGGGGAGACAAGUUCCCCUUAGAGAGCAGGAAGUUACUAAGUAGUCCUGGAAAGAACAACAGCUUCAGAUGUGACCCCUCUGAGAUUAAUAUUUCUGAUGAGAUGCCUAAAACCACGGUCUGGAAAGCUCUCAGUAUGAAUUCUGGAAAUACAAAGGAAAAGAGUCUCUUCAACUAAGUCUUUGCUGGGAUGGAAGAUUUGGGCCAUGUGGUGCCCCAGGGAAGUUCUGGUUACAGAGGAGAUGGUGAGUCUCUCAGAGAAGAAGCACAGCCAAGUCCGGCCCCGUCCUUGGUCAUGUCAAAGCCAUGGCGAAGAAUUCAGUUACUCGUGGUGUGCACUGGAAGGCAUCCAGCUAUUGCCAUCCCAGCAGCCAGUCACCAGAUGUGACUGUGGAAGCAGAGACUGCCUCCUGUUGGUACUUUGCUUCUCUUUCUCUUCAGAACGGCCACCAUUGAAGACCCAGCUUCCCAUUUUCCAGAUACAUUCCCUGAAUCUCUCUGCUGGCCUGCCGAGCCAUAUGGAUCCAUUCUGCCACUGAGGAUUCCUUCAAUGAGGUCCCUGUUCCUAAAGGAUGGGGUUGGGGAGUAGGAGGAGAGCAGAGAGAGAAAGGAAGGCUCUCCAGUCCCAAGAUAUCUGUGGGCUCCUAGGGAGCCCUGGGCCUUGGUUUGCUUGCCUACUCUGGGGUGUGCCGGUCAGACCCAGAGCCUGCCAGGAGGGUCUGCUCCUAGGAGGUCAGCCAUCACUGGCACUGCCCAACACCGCAGCCCCAAGAUGCCCCUGAGCCGGCAGGUUUUCAUCACUCCCUAGCCACCUUCUGCCUAAGUCAGUGAGAACUGUGGAUGAGGAAAGGGCCAAGAGGGACAUCAGUUGUUUAGCUUAGGCAGGAAAAGCCCCAGGGGGAAAAUCAGUAAUGGUAAGUGAGGAUAAUCAGCUUCUCUUGAUUUCACUGAGGACAGAGUAGUAGAAUGAGCUUAACUUGCUACUGAAGGAAUCCGUUUAGAGAACCAGAAAGAACUUCCUAGCCCGAAGAUUUGUUGUAAUGUCUUCUUUCUAGAUAUCUGGGAAAGAUUUGAUAAUAGUGUUUGUGAGUAGAAAGGGAAAUAAGGGUUUUAUUGGCCAUACUGUGGAAGCGUCCAUGUCUUGCUGCUGUCUCUUGAGGACACAUUCUGAUUCCGUAACUGGAGAGAUCCAAGUGCUUACGAAUGUCUCCUUGGCUGCCUUAGUAGCGAACCAUCGUCGAUUCAUUGGACCAAAACCACCUUCAGCCCUGCGGUUUCUUCCUCAUAGAUUUCUUUUGGUUGACAAAUGUCUUAGCUCUCCAAUGUAAAAAGCCACAUUGGGAAGUGAACACUAAAUGGUGAGAUUAAUUUUGGUAUUAGUUUAAAACUAUAUUUAUAGUUUUUCUCUUCUCUUCUCUGUUGAAAUAAAUAUGAAGGGUAUGAGCUCCAGUGUAUAUUUGCCUUCCCUUCCUUUGUGCACAGAAUGUGACCAGCAAGCACUUUGGUACCCAGGGAAUUUGAUCAUACUGGUUUUCCAUCCUGGAAAAUCUUUGUGUAGUGGGACAUCCCCCAGUGUGCUCUCCUACAUAGGUGAAGAGCUGGCUACUUAACUUUAUUGAAUUUUACAUUCCUUAGACUCUUAAAAGAUAUUAGCGUAUUCUAGUCUUACUCUAUGGACUUUUGAUAUUGAAGGAAUCUUGCAUUUCUUUAAUAUUUCUCUAUCUCUUAGAGCCACAGUUAUUUUAAUAGAUAGAUCAUUUUCAAAAUAUUAAACAAUUGGCACAGGACGGACACCAGCCCCUCAGAACAGAUGCCUGCUGUAAACAAGCAGUGUGUAUGGUCAUACCGAUGCCUAUUGGCUGAACAUCCCACUGCUUUCAAAUAUUAAAAUGAUAUCCCUUUGAAAUGUAGGUAUUGUUUCUGGUUUGUCUGAUUUCUACUCACAAGGCUAUUUUAGUGACAGCCUUGGCUUCCUUUUUAUAUGGUGCAGACAGGAACAGACAUGCUUCUUUAAACUACAUGAGCAUUAAAACCUUUGUGAGCCAAAGCUUCACAUUUUACCAUUUUAGGAUAAAUAUAAUAGUUGUACCCAUUUACCUGCCUACUUUAGAAAAACCAAGAGGCAACCUGCCACUGGGAAAAGCUUACUUGCUGACUUCCCCUGUCUCUCUCUGGCUGCUUUCUUCAGCUUGCCUCCUUUGUCAUCUUCUCUGUUCCCUGAGAACCUCUCCCUUUUCUUCCUCCCUCUUG